AUGUCAAGAAUUCAAGGCGAACGAGUCUUCUGUCACCAAUGCCAGAACGAAUGGGAUCGAGCGCACGGAGGACUCACCUGCCCCCGAUGUGAAGGAGACUUCACAGAAAUUCUCGAACCCGGCGAGGCCCAGUCUAGCCAUGAUUUUGACCGGUCUUCGUCCCCAUCCUUGCCCGUCGAACCCCCGUCAUCGACCCCCAGCAGUUUCGAUGACUACGCUGCGCUACGAAACCAUAACCCUUGGUCUGAAGACGCAAACGACGAUAUCGGGACAGAUGUCACAACGUUCGAGUUGACAACCACCGGCGGAGGUGGAAGAAUGGUUCUCAGCACCCGCACAUGGAGGAGUGAUGGGCGCAAUGUACGAACAGAUGAGCUAUAUGAAGUGAAUGAUGAGAUAGGACAAGUGCUUACCCGGCUGGAUGAACUACAGGAUCAAGGCAUGCUUCCUCCCAUGUUCAAUCUAGAUCCCUUCGGAUUCCCGCGAGGGCAAGGCGUUGGCGGAAGGGACGACCCUCAUCUCCAUUUGCAGCCAGCGGGCUUACAAGAUCUUUUCUCCCUCAUAUUUCAAUCAAUGCAACCAGAAGGCUUUCAUACUCCAGACACCGACGACAGACGAAGGGGAGGCCCGGCCCCUCUGCCAUUCGACCUUCUCCAUCAAAUGCUCAACCCGGCCAAUGCUCGAGCAGGGGACAUGGUGUACAGCCAGGAAGCCUUCGAUCGGGUUAUGACGCAGCUCAUGGAACAACACAACACAAGUACUGCACCUCCGCCAGCAUCAGAAGAAGCCAUUCUAUCUCUCAAAAAGAAGAAAGUAGAUCGAGAAAUGUUAGGCGACGAAGGGAAGGCUGAGUGUUCAAUAUGCAUGGACAAUGUUGAGUUGAACAACGAGAAGACCGCCAGCGGCCGGGAAUUUCAAGGCGGAGACACAGCCGGCGAGCCUCUUCGAUGUCAAGUCCACGUGCCUAUGCUCCCCCUGAAAGCGAUCGAUUCAACCCUGCACCGCUUCCAGAAAGUCCCCGCACGAUACGAGAAGCCAGAGAGUCCUACUAUGGGCGGAGACAAGACUACGAUAUGCAACACCCUGAAACCCACCGUCACUCAAGCAUGCAAAGUGACCUAA